AUGGACCUGAGGGCGCUGUACAUGUACGCCGCCGUGCCGGCGCUGCUCCUCUGCUCGGCCGCGACCUUCAUCCAGAGCCCCACCGACGUGUUCGGCCCGGUGUCCCUCCUCGAGCCCACCCCGUCCUCCGCGCGCGACUUCGGCGCCGUCGUCUCGGACGCGCCCUUCGCGAUCAUGCGGCCGGGCUCCGCCGCCGACGUCGCGCUCCUCCUGCGCGCGCUGUCGUCGUCGGCGAAGCCGCGCCCGAGGGCGGCCGUGGCGGCGCGCGGCGCCGGACACUCGCUCCAGGGCCAGGCGCAGGCGCGCGGCGGCAUUGUGGUGGAGACGCGCUCCCUGCCGCGCGCCGUGGUUGUCGUGGCGGCAGACGUGAGCGGCGGCGACGCGAACGCGUACGCGGACGUGGGCGCCGGCGCGCUCUGGGUGGAGGUGCUGGAGGAGUGCCUCAGGGCCGGCCUGGCGCCGCCGUCGUGGACGGACUACCUGUACCUCACCGUGGGCGGGACGCUGUCCAAUGCCGGCAUCAGCGGCCAGGCCUUCAAGCAUGGCCCGCAGAUCAGCAACGUACUGCAGCUCCAAGUCGUCACAGGAAAUGGGGACGUGGUGACAUGCUCGCCCACCGAGAGCCCGGACCUCUUCUUCGCAGUUCUUGGCGGCCUUGGCCAGUUCGGUAUCAUCACCAGGGCAAGGAUUCGACUCCAACAUGCUCCUCCAAAGGUGCGAUGGGUGCGGGCCUUCUACGACAGCUUUGAGGCAUUCACCCAGGACCAAGAGCUUCUCAUCUCAAUGCCGGAGCAGAUCGACUAUGUGGAGGGGUUUAUGGUUCUGAACGAGCACUCCAUUCAGAGCUCAUCCAUCGCCUUCCCUGCUCACAUCGAUUUCAGCCCAGACUUCGGCUCCGACGGCAGCAAGAAGAAGGUCUACUACUGCGUAGAGUUUGCAGUUCACGACUUCCAGCAGGACGACGGCUCCACUGUCGACCAUGUUGUGGAGCUGGUCUCAGGGGCGAUGAGCUACAUCAGGCCCCACAUGUACAGCGCGGAGGUGUCCUACUUCGACUUCCUCAACAGGGUGAGGAUGGAGGAGGAGAGCCUGAGGAUCCAGGGCCUCUGGGACGUGCCCCACCCCUGGCUCAACCUGUUCGUGCCCGGGCAUGCCGUCGCUCGGCUCAAGGACCUGCUCAUGGACACCGUCUUGGCUGGGCACUUCGACGGGGCGAUCCUCGUCUACCCCCUCCUCGCGGACAAGUGGAACAAGAACACGUCGGCGGUCCUCCCGUCGACGCCGGACGGCGGGGUGAUGUACGUCUUCAGCGUUCUCCGCUCCGCCGACCCGUCGCGGUGCGGCCACCGCUGCGUCGAGGAGAUCCUCGAGCAGCACCGCCGGGUCGCCGACGAGGCGUGUCGGGCCGGCGGCGGCGGCAUCGGCGCCAAGCAGUACCUCGCCCGGCAGCCGUCGCAGGAGCACUGGCGGGACCAUUUCGGGCCCGGCUGGGACCGGCUCGUGGCCCGCAAGGCCCGCUACGACCCGGUGCGCGUGCUUGGGCCGGGCCAGGGCAUUUUUCCGUGGACGGAUUCCGCGACCUCGAUGUGGCGAUGAUACGGGCGGCCCAGCACGAUCGCUUGAUCUUUGUGCUCCGCCGCUCACGUAGAGAUAGCUGAGGACGUAGGCUCGUCGAUGUUCGUAGCUCAAUCGAAAAUUUUCAGGCUGGUUAAAUUGGUAGGUGCCUUUAGCUAGGGAGGCAGUUCGUUGCUAGUACUU